AUGCCAUUGCUGGAUCGAGUUCGUGUGCAGACCCGAAGCGCAUCGACAGAGCGUGCAAGUGGCGCCCUUCUAAUGCAUCAUUCUCGAGAUACUCAACAGAAACAAUGGACGGAGACCUGCAUACAUACCUUAUCAGCCGCGUCGAAGAUAUUCGUUGCUCAACGUAAAGCUCUGUUAGCUUUAGAAGAUUUCGGAUCAGCAUGGGAAGCGUUGCUGUCAUAUCUUGAGUGGGCCUCGUGCUAUCACAACGCCGAGCUUUCCCUAUCCGCUCUCAAAAGCUUCCAGGAGGUUCUACUCGGAAAGAUAUCUAAUCAGACGUUGGAUAUAAACUAUCGUGAGCGAGCAAGCAGUGUGGAAAGCUCUGCUGAGGACGUGACACCGUUUCUUCCUUUGCCGCAGUGGAUUGAGUCAUGGAAUGCUUGGCAACGGAUAUCGCGAAGUUUAGCUCGUAUGGGCAGCGGCGCCACGACGACAGAAGGUGGUGAAAAAUCGUCGUAUGUUCCUGGCCCGUCUCAUUUGACAACGCUGCUCCACAUUUUCCCACCAUUGUUCGAUCAUGUGGCCCGUCAUAUCUCUGUAGAUGAGCUGAAAGCUGAACAGCUACCGUCAGUUCUAGAGAGUCUCGUGAACGUUCCUGUACCAACAGAGCAGGUUCCCUUUGUAGUGCAUUCAACACAGUCACAUAUGUCCCCUACUCAGGAAGCGGUGCUCGAAGCUAUUCGAUCGAUUUACAAUGUGGGUUCUAUUUUACCUCUGUAG